AUGCAUAACGGAACGCUAAUAUCAACUCGCCCAGCAAAGUUGAAUCUUCGAUUUUUUGCAAAUCUCUAAAAUUAUGUUUUAAUUCAGCUGAAAAAGUUACAGUUUUACUAUAUUUUUAUUCCACACGUUCAGUUGUAAUUCCUAGUUCCUCAUGAUGUCUGAAUAUUACGAUCGUUAUCAUAGAUGGGAACCACUUGCAGAAUUUCAUUUCAGGGUCAGUUCUGAUGAUGAGAGUGAUGAAGAACUCGAUGAUGAUAAAUAUUUUUAUUGUUUAUGCAGCAGGACAUUCAUCAGGGAUGCUGUGAAAACAUAUUAUGUUGAUAAAGAGAAAGAGGAGGAUAGCGAGAGUGAUGUGGAGGUUCUGCGUGACUCCCAGUCCCAAGAAUGGGAGGACCAGUCUCAUGUUCACUUUUCUGUGGACACCUCUUACAAAACCAAUAGAUGUGAGAAAGAUGAAGGUGCUAGUUGCUAUUGCAGUGCAUCUCACACUGACAAUUAUUGUUCCACUGAUGAACAUGAUCCGGCUCAGAUGCAUGGCACGGCCUCUCACGCUUUACAGCCUAGCGACAGUGGAGCCGAUCUCACGUAUCAAGACUAUCACUCAGACUACACAAACAAUGACAGAUUAGAGCAAAUGGAUCAAGAUUUACCAGCACCAAACCUUGCUGAUUUCGAUGAAAAUUACUUAUCAGAAGACACAUGGGAAAAAUUCUGGGCAAUCAAUGGAGAACGACUCAUUUGGGCAUCAUGGAUCAAAAAGUACAGUGACUACAUAAAUCCUGCAUAUUUAGGCGAUAACAACGAACUUGUUUUGGACGACAAUAGUAUUCCGAAACAACACUCAGCUGAUCAAAUAUACAACAUUGAAAACAGUGAUGCCAACGAAAAAACAGAAGAUGUUGAUGAGAGUAUGAGAGAACGAAAAUUCUCUUAUGACUCCAAAGUUAAUCCAUAUAAAAAGAGUAAUAAAUCACAAAAUGCUUCAGAUAAAACUAGUUCUGAUAAUAAGGAUGAUACAUGGUUGCCAUUGGCUCGAAAAAGGUCAUGUUCUGAACAUGACAGGAUAUUGAGCCCUAGAACAAUUCUCACAGAUUCUAUGACAAAUGUUACAAAAAUCACUCUUUCUAGCUAUGAUGUGACUUCAAGUCAUGUGACAUCAGAAUCAACACCUACAGAUGACUAUAGCAUGUCAUCUUCCACUUCUGAUGAUCAGUCUAAUGAUCAAACUAGGAUUGCUAAUAUAGAUGAAAAUCUAGAUCAGGCACCGUCUGAAGAAUUGGACACUGAGCAAUAUUGGCAACUUUUGUGGAAGAAACAUUUCGGAGAUCAAUAUGCUUUACACUAUGCAAACUAUAUUGAAAGUCACAAUGUAAAAGAGAGGCAAACACAAGCUGAUCUUCCCACAAUCAGUGUGGUAAGUGUACCUGAAGUGACAGAAAAAGUUGAAGAAAAACCUCUUGAAAUUGAAUGUGAGAACAGUGAGGGAAACUCCCAAGAGAUGCCAACAGUAAUAGAAGUUCAAACCAAAGUAGAGAACAUUAAGUUGGAUGAUAAACCAACGAAGCCUAGGAGAAAGAAUAAGAAAAAUAGUAACAGAAUACUUGGUUCCGUAGGAGUGUUACUACAGAAUUUGUUAAAAGAGGAGCAGAAGAAAAGUGAAACAAAUAUGAGUAGUGAAAUGGUUGACGCUGGCGAUACAACCACAGAAAAGACUGAAAUGGAACCAGUAGAUGUCCCGGAGACAACAAUUACAAUGGAUACGCAGUCGUCUUUGAACACUUCAAACUUUUUGUCGUAUGAUUAUGACGAUGGAGAUGACGAACCGCCUGAGGAAGUGAGAACAAUAUCUUUGAAAAGAAGGUAAGUCUUUGCACAUAUUAUUUUUUUAGU